AUGACCACUUCAGUUGCACACAAGACUCUACAUGUAGCACCUGCUGUGGGCCAGUUCUUAUCUGAUCCGGUCAGCGUCGUUGUGAGUCAGAACGGGUGUGAUCAAGGCCCAACUGUGAGCUCUGAGUUUAACCUGACGGAAAUGACCGAGGUGGAGUACUCUCACCUUCAGCACAUCCUUCAUGCCCACAUGGAGGCGCAGACUGUAGGGCAGGAGGAGCUGGUGGAAAUCAGCCCAUGCAGAAAAGUAAUUUACACUGAGUGCAGCCUUACUAGCCACCCCAAGAGUGAAAGUAACAGCACAGCCUGCUCACCCUCAUCUACCCCAGCCGUGUGCCAGCCCGUCGCAUCGUCCACAUUAUAUACAGAUGAGCCGUACACCUUUUCUAACUCUAACCAUUUAGAAACAGAGGACGUUCAGGAAAUUAAAAUGAUUCUGUGCAGCGAUCAGGGUAGCAUCGUCACUGAGGGGGAAAAGACACCAACGUGCUGUGUGGAGGUGCCAAACUCUGUGCUAGCAAAGGUGAAAUAUGCCAAGGAUCGCAGUGUGGACUCUUCUGACCGCAGAGCAGUACCUCAACAUCUCAGACCCAACCCACCUGCACGUGUGUGCCUGGAGAAGAGGUUCAAUUGCAGCCCUGGCGACAAAAACAGACAGCAGGAAUCACAGGCGGCAGUUCUGAAUACAUUUUUGUCGAUGCUUCAUCAUUCUACGGAUGCGCAAGGCAUCGCACUGGUUUCCCAGUCGGAAAACUGGCCCAAGACAGAUAAGAUGGCUGCAGUAGAGUGUACCUUUCCUGGGACUUUCUUGAAUACUCAUGUUCAGGGUCUUAGUCAUCUGUUGGAGGGCAGCAAACAUCCUGAGGUAAUCCUUCCCAAGAACUUCACCUUCAGUUACAGACCAGACAAAACGACUGAAGUUUUGUUGAGGGCUCCAUACAUCAUCCAUGCCGACGAAGCUGAGGAACAAAGGGGCAUCAAACUGGAACGUAGGUCAGAGGAGAAAUCUGAUCCUCCAGCUAAGCGUUCCAGGAAGUGUGUACCCAGGGCUCUGCAGGUACAAGCCCCCAAUAUCAUCCACGGUCCAGGAAACUGGAAGGAAGGCUGUGUGGUGCCAGGCUGUCAGCAUAGUAAAAGAGCAGGACCUCCUCUAGAGAUCAAACAACAAAGGGAGAGACACAACAGCAAGGAAAGAGACCGCAGGAGAAGAAUCCGCCUGUGCUGUGAUGAGCUGAAUCUGUUGGUGCCCUUCUGCACUGCUGAAACCGACAAAGCCACGACCCUGCAGUGGACUACAGCCUUUCUCAAAUAUAUCAGAGAGCUCCAUGGAGACUCCCUCAAACAGGACUUUCAGAACACGUUCUGUGGUAAGACAGGAGUUCGGCUGAAGCCCAGCAGUGCUACAGCAGUGAGGGACGUCGCUGAGAGUAAGAUUUAA